GGGGCCUCGGGCAGGGGCGGCUGGGGUUGGGCCUGGGCGCCGUGCGUGGCUGCCGCCUGUGCCGAUCGGGCUCUGCGGCGUCGCAAAAAAUCGUGCGAGUUCCGUGCUGGCAAGCCUGCCGCGCAUGAUGGCAGCAGCCAUGGGCCUCCUCACCACAUUUCUGAUUGUCGUCCCGGCUGCCGCGGAUGUGCCACUGCUCCGGCUGCUGGACGCGUCGCCGGCGGCGCCUGCGACCAAGCUCGCCGGCAUGCCGCAAAUUGGCCUUGGGACCUACCACCUCCAGGGCCAGGCGUGCUACGACGCGGUGCUGCGGGCGCUACAAAUGGGCUACCGCCACCUGGACACGGCAGAGGUCUACGGCAACCACGAGGCGGUACGACUGGCCAUCCGCGACUCGGGUGUCCCGCGCGACGAGCUCUUCGUCACGAGCAAGGUCAAAGUGGACCAAAUCGACUACGAAAGCGCUCGCGCGUCGGCGUCGCGCAUCGCGGCCGCGCUCGGCGGCCACGUCGAUUUGUUACUCCUCCACUUCCCGGCGCCGUCCGUCGCCGCCGACCAUCCCAAUCGAUUGGUGGUCUGGACCGAAAUCGGCGGCCUCGGCGUCGAGGGCAACGUGAGCGUGGCCUACGCGGCGCGCGCCGGCGCGUGGCGCGCGCUCGAGGAGGCCUGGGACGCGGGCCUAUGCCGCCACGUGGGGGUGUCCAACUACCUCGCGCGCCACCUCCGCGAGAUGCGGCGCUACGCGCGCGUCCGCGCUGCCGUCGACCAGCUGGAGCUCCACCCGCUCCUGCCGCGCGACGGCGUCGUCGACUUCGGCCGCCGGGCGGGCGUCGCGGUCGUCGCGUACGGCAGCGUCGUGCAGGAGGGCCGGCGCGACCUCCUCGAGUCGGCGGCGGUGCGCGCCGCUGCGGCCGCCGCGGGCCGUUCGCCCGCCGCCGCGCUGCUCCGCUGGGCCGCGGACCGCGGCAUCGCCGUCAUCCCGCGGUCGACCGACGGGGGGCGGCUCGCGGAAAACCUCGCGGCCGUCGCCGACGACUGGCGCCUCGACGGUAACGCGACCGCGGCGCUGGACGCGCUGCGCUGCGACCGGGGGACCGGGUGCCUCGCGCCGUUCCCGACGGGCUGCGGCCUGCACUGCCCGCGCGGCCAGUACCUCUGGAGCCCCGACGUAGUGCCGGCGCUGCCCACGGUCCUCGGCGACGCCACGGAGGCCGCGGCGGCGCCUUUCGUCGAGGACCUGGGGGUCCGCACGCCGCUCGGCGCCGAACCUGUUGCGGAUUUGUCGCAACGACACAAACCACGCGGCGCGCCGCUCUGGCGGCUGCCGUGGGUCUUCGACCUCGCUGCGCUUCGGCGCGACGUGCGCGUGGCGCUGGAGGGCUGGGACUGGGCCGCGUCCGAGUUCGGCCACGCGCGGCCGCUCCUGCCGCGCGCAGCGCUGCCGCCGGCCUUCCGGGACCACUUCAUCAACCGGCCGCACGCGGACGCGGGGCUCUUCGAUCGGUGCCCGUACCUUGCAAAGGUGCACGGGUGGUUCGCCGCGCGGACCGAGGUCGUCGCGUUCCGGCUGCUGCGGCGGCGGCCCCUGACGGCCUACGGCCUCCACAACGACGAGGACCUGCACGUGACGCCGGACAUCCGGCGCGUUCAGAUCCCCGUCGACGCGGAAGUGGCCGAGGGGCUCCUGCUGCUGCUGCCGGAGGCGUCGUUUCUUCCGGUGAUUGCUGCGCGCGGCGCGGACUUCGCCGCGACGAACGCGCUGCUGAACCAACACGCGUACCCCGAGUGCCAGACGGGCCCACCCGGGGCGUGUGGCGACGACCGCGCCGACUCGUGGUGGGCCGAGCGGAACUCGUCGUACGCCGCGGAGCGUCUGAGGUUGGAGACGCUCGUGGCGGAUUUCGCCGAGCUCGGCGCCGUCCACGAGCUGGAGCCGGGGCGGCUCCACUACUUCGACACGAUGCGGCGCCACACGCUCGUCAACAUGGGCACGCGCGACCGGGUCACGCUCGUACUCGACCUCCGGGAGAACGACUGGGUCCGGGAGCACAUGCCGGCGCUGCGUGCACGGGACGACGGCGGUCUCGCCGCGCGCGCCGCAGCCGCCCGCGCGUACGCCGCCCGCGAGGGCUUCCUCGGCGCUGUCUCGAUCGACGAGCCCGCGCGGGGGGCGCUCCUCGCCGACGGUUCGGUGGAGCUUCGGCUCGGCGUCCGGUUCCCGUCGACGCUGCACUUGGACGCGUUCGAAGCCCUCUGUGGCGGAGUUCUGGGCAAGGCACAGGUUCCCGGAAGCGCGUGCGCCGCGGCGGUGACGCAGGUCGACCGGGGCAGCGCGGGCCUCGGCGACGCGACGGCCGCGGUCGACGUGCUGACGAAUCCACAAAAUGCGGCGCUCGACACGCGUCGCUGCGCCGGGGGGCAGGCGUGCGAGCUGCGCGCGACAGUAACAUUUGGGGAUGGCACGCCCGCCGCGGCGGCGGCGACGGUCGAGGUCUAUCUACGGGACGUCGAUACACCAACGUUCUUCGACGCGACGGCGGCAGCGCCGCUCGCGGCGCUCGCCUUUUCGAACACGCACGGCGCGGCGACCGGUGGAUUUUUGGGCACUGGCCUCUUAUACCACGCGCUGGCUUAUUCUCAGCGCGCGCGCCUGGCCGUCGUGCUCGGAUCCGGCGGUGGCUUCGCGCCGGCGGCGGUGCGCCAGGGCCAACGCGAUGCGGGCAUCGGUCGCGCGUCGCGCACGAUCCUCGUCGACGGUAACGUCGGGCCCUACGGCCGGCCAGACUACCUCGUCGAGGGAUCGGCGUUUCGCCACAUGUUCCCCGACAUUGAGGUCGUCGUCGCUCGCACCGACGACGAAGCUCUCGAUUUCGGACCUAUCGACCUACUCCUGGUCGAUGCGGACCACUCGCACGCCGGCGCGGUCGCCGACGCGGUGCGCUGGGCGCACCGCCUCGCGCCGUCGGGCGUCGCGGUCCUGCACGACACGGGCGGCUGGCGCAUGGGCUGCGCCAAGGCGCCUGCGACGCUGCGCCGCCUCGGCUUCGACGUCGUCAACCUCCCGUCGUGGGGCGACGGCCUCGCGCUCGCCCGGCCGCCGCGCGCGCCCGGCGGCACCAUCAUCGACGUCAACGGUGGGCGCGGCCUCGACGAGCUCUACGCGGAGCUAGAUGCCGGCGCCGACGUCGCGGAAUUCGCGGCGCGGGCGUGCCUCACCCGCGGCUGGUCGACGCUCCCGGGCGACGACUCCGGUAGGCCGUGCGCGGUCGCGCUUGCGGACGCUGCGCGCGGCACGGGGGAGGUCGACGCGCUCCGGGAACUCCGCGCAAGCGUCGACGCCCGGCUGGCGGCCCUCGGCGCUGCGCCGGCGUGCGCGGAAGAUGAAGCCCCCACUGGCACAUGAUAACUAUGCGG